CGUCAGAGGUCAAACAUGGCGACGUGCGCAAGGAGGGCGAGAGAGAUGACGGGGUUGCUACGAGUUUUAAGAAAUUUACUUCAGAGCGAAAGAUUUUUCUCCACGUCUGUGUUGAGGCAUGCUGCGGCGUCAGAUGGACCACCAAAAUUCCUCCCUCCGACAAAACCUGUCAUCAUAGACAAAACACAGAGCGAGGCAUCACUGCGACGGUUUGUGAGUCCGGAGUUCAUCCCUCCUCGUCAGCGAAUUAAUCCUAUUAAGUUUUCCAUAGAACGGAAAGACAUGAUACAGAGGCGGAAAGUUCUGAACAUUCCAGAGUUUUAUGUUGGCAGUGUCUUAGCCGUAAGCAUGACUGACCCUCAUGCGAGUGGGAAACUGAAUCGCUUUGUUGGGAUCUGCAUUCAGCGCUCUGGAAAAGGACUGGGAGCUACUUUCAUCCUCAGGAAUGUGGUUGAUGGCCAAGGAGUGGAGUUAUGCUACGAGUUGUACAGUCCACGUCUGCAGCAGAUCGAGGUGUUGAAGCUGGAAAAGAGACUGGAUGACAAUCUCAUGUACUUGAGAGAUGCGCAACCUGAGUACAGCACCUUUGACUUUGAUAUGAAACCGGUUCAUUUCGAGCUCACUGGAGAUGUUGCAAUCAAUUCAUUGAAAGUGAAAAUGAAGCCUAAACCAUGGUCUAAACGUUGGGAACGUCCAAAGUUUAACAUUCAGGGGAUCCGCUUUGACUUAUGUUUGACCCCAGAGAAUAUGGAGCAUGCUCAGAAGUGGGCCGAACCUUGGAGGCAGUAUGAUAUGCUGCGGGAAUAUGACACAUCCAGUCUGGAGGAGCAGAUCCUACAGGAGGUACAGGGAAACCUCAGCAAGUGAGCAGUCCACAGAGAGAGUUCAUAGAGAAAGUCUUUCUGAAGGGCUCUGGGGCAGAUAUGUUAACUGAGUGAGUCAGGAUGCUGAAAAGAUUUGAAUUUGAGAAGUGUUAAAUUUAUUCAGGUUGGCUAUAGACUCAUCCAUUCAAACACCCACCCACCCCAGUUCUGGUGUGUGCUUCAAAAUGGAUCCUGGAGAUGCAUUCAGAAGAGCAAACAUUAGUGCGUAGAAAAAUCUUUAUCAGUGGAACUUUUUGUGAGAAUGUGUGUUUAUGUAUUUUACACAGUGACAUGUACAUAAUGUUUAUCACCAGCUCAACAUGUGUAAAGCUAGUGCUUAUUUACAAAUAACCAUAUUCAAUGAAAAAUUACCCAAUAAUGUAUUUGAAUUAUUAUCAUUAUCUCAUAUCUGUCUCAUCUUCAGUGUCUACAAUAGAGCCUCAUUUUAUGCAGUGGUCCUGCUGCCUUGCAAUUAGUCACUUUGAUCAAUCGAGGGCAGCAGAGAACACGCAAAUGUAAAUAUCUGAGUAGUUGAUCAAAUAUAAUAAACGAUUAAAUCCUAAUUUCAUAUUUAAAUUAAGUAAUCAUAUUUAAGGUUGAUGUCUUCCCAUUUUGCUAAGAAAUUAGAAGGGAAUUUAGUAAAAGUUGACAUGCCUUCUGUUGGAAUAAAAGCCACCUAAAUGUGAUUUUUUUUUUUAAAUAUUUGUAUUUAUUUACAGAAGUGCCAUAUGAUGUACUGAAUAGAGAAACUGAGGCUUUAAAUAUGAAUUUAUAUUAAAGGAAUAUUCCGGGUUCAGUACAAGUUAAGCUCAACAUUUGUGGAAUAAUGUUGAUUACAACAAAAACAUUAUUUUUACUUGUCCAUCCUUUAAAAAAAAAAAAGAGGCAACAAUCGAGUUACACUGAGGCCCUUACAAUGGAAGUGAAUGGGGCCAAUUUUUGGUGGAUUUAAAGGCAUAAACGUGAAGCUUAUAAUUGUAUAAAAGCCCUUACGUUAAAUAUUCAGUUAAAACUCAUUGAUUGUUUGAGUUGUAAAGUUGUUUAUCAUUUUUACAGUUGUUUUAGGCUUUGUUGACAUUACAUCAUCAUGGCAAUGAAGUUGUAAAAUUGGCUAUAACUUUCAACAGAAAAGGCUAGUA